UGGCACGGUGACUUACAGGUUAGCUGAAAAGAUGCAGUCCUUUUAUCUGAUUAGCGUCCUUGCAUACUUCCUUCCUGUCGCUUUAGGCGAUGAUCCUAGUAUUGCUUGGUGUUAUCAUGAUCCUUUGUGCAAUGACACAACUUGGCACAGAAUUUCUACAGAUUUCUGCAACGGCACUCGCCAGUCUCCCAUUAACAUUGUGAGUGCCCGUGCCGUGGCUGAUUCCAGUCUAGGGGCUUUCACUUUCACUGGCUUCGAUGACAAAACUGCUAUGUCCACUAUCAGCAACACGGGCAAAACUGUGAAGAUCAAGUUUAAGACUGGAAAGCUUAGUGUGAGUGGAGGGGGCCUCUCUGACAACUAUGACACCAUGCAGUUCCAUUUGCACUGGGGAAAUGGCAGUUCUAUCCCUGGCUCUGAGCACACCUUGGAUGGCACACGUUACCCCAUGGAGUUGCACAUUGUGAAUGGCAAAAGCAUUUACAAUGCGAACUUAACUGAGAUUGUAGCAGACGGUAAUGGACUGGCUGCUCUUGGCUUCUUCGUCGAGGUUGAUUCGGGAACAACUGACCAGCCAGCAAGCUGGAAAAGUCUUACAUCUCAUCUUGCCAACAUCACAGAGAAGGAUGCAUAUGUCAACAUCACUGAUAUCUCCAUGAAUGACCUAAUCAGUGGAGUGGACCCUACGUCGUACUACAGAUACCUUGGCUCCUUGACCACUCCCAAAUGCAACGAGGCUGUGAUUUGGACAGUCUUUAAGGACACCAUCAAAGUCAGCCAAAAUUUGAUUGACCUCUUCAGCAACACCGUGCUUGUUAAAAAUAACAGCACACUGCUUUUGACCAACGCGUACCGCAAUGUGCAGCCGCUCAAUGGCAGAGAAGUGAGAACCACGACCAGCUCCACGACCAGCUCUGCAGCCAGCUUGGCAACCACAUCUCUACUGGCCCUCGGACUUGCAGCACUACAUGCUCUCCUGCGCCUCGGCUAGGGGUCAGGAAGAUGGUGACCAUACAAGAGGCUCUGGCCUCAUUAAGGUUGGAUAGGAAUGUUAAGCUUUGGUGAUUCUAGCUGUAGGUUGAAUGUGAAAGGAGUGGCCAUCCUACUUUGUACUAUACCACCUUAUUUUUUCGAGGGAAAAGAAAACUGCUCAUUGAAAAUGCUGCUUUUUUUUACCACAUUCUGAGAUCAUAGAGAUUGGCCAUCAUGACCUACACACUCAGGGGUGUGCUUCCCUUCUUUUUUCUCAGUGCAUAUAUACUAUUUAUACACUGUAAAUAAAACAAACUUGUAAGUUAUGAUUUUAUAUAAUAUCUUUAGUCUGAUCUAGUGAUCCAGUCUGUUUUCCUCUGUGGGUUUACAGUUUGAAUGAAGGCCUGUGAUUAACAGGAACCUUAAAGUCAUGAUGAUGCUACUGUAUUGUUUAUUUUGUUAAGUAUAACAACAGAUGAGGAGGUAUGAAGGAAACAAUUUGUCAGAAGUUAAUGUAUUUAAUGAAGAUGUUCUAUAUUAAUUAAGUAAUUUAGUAAUGUUCUAACAUUUGCUUAAUGCCAAUAAAAAUCCUUAUUUGAGA